AUGUCGGAGACGAAGAAGUUCAGAGUUCUGAUUGAUAUGGACGGUGUUUUGUGCGAUUGGGAACCGACUUUCUUGAAAACCUACCAAGAAAAAUGGCCAGGUCGACCAUUCAUCCCUCUCGAAGAACGCAAAGAAUUCUUGGUUCGAAACGAUUACAAGAACCAGCUCGGAAUAACGAACCCGAACGAGGUCUACGAAGAAGAAGGCUGGUUCCUGAAUCUUCCUCCAGUGAAAGGAGCCGUUGAAGCAUUUGAAUAUCUCAACAGUCGAGAGGAUAUUGAAGUUGUGAUUUGCUCGGCGCCAAUUACGAACUACAAAUUCUGCGUGACCGAAAAAUACCAAUGGGUCGAAAAACACCUCGGAAAGAAAGCAGUUUCCCAGUUGAUGCUGACCAAGGACAAGACAAUCGUCCGCGGCGACCUGCUGAUCGACGACAAGCCCGGAAUCAAGGGCCUGGAUUCACCAAGCUGGUUCCAUGCGCUUUUCACCGCCGCGCACAAUACCUGGUUCACCGACUAUUCCUCCAACCAGCGGCGGAUGGACUCGUGGGACAUUAAAAAGCUCGACGAGCUGAUUAACGACCUCCGAACCAAGAAAAACUAA